AUGGACAUCCUUUUUGGUUUCAAACCUGGCGACAAGCGGCAGAGCAACCCCGACUGCUUCUGUGGCACCGUGUUCCACAUCUGCAUCAAGGUGGAGCAGAGUGGACGCCUCGCCCUGCACUUGCACGGCAUGGCGCACCUGGCAGUGUUCACCGUGGACAAAAUGCGGGCCCUGUUUGAGGGGCCCAACUGCCGCGCUCUGGCACUGGCACACACCCUCUGCAGCAUUUGCACCGACGCCCAUGGAAGCAUCAACAGCAGCACUGACGACUUGACAGAUGCUACUGCAGAAGGGGAUGACGGCCUGACUCAAGCAGAACCUGGCAGCGCCUCGGGCACAGAUGAAGACAUUGGCAAUGGUGACAAUGGAGUCCAGCCAGCCCCCCCCGCAGCGUCCGCUGGCCGCCCCCCAGCCAUCCGCGCGCCUCAGCCAGAUGGAUCCAUGCCGGCGCCCGCAUAUGACUUCGCCAUUGUCACCCGUGGCAAGCCGCGUGGGACCGGGGGUGAAGCCACUGAUACCUUUACACCCGAAGUGUGCUUUGAACGCUGCACACAGCACCUUGUGGCGGGUGUCGUGGGGUCCUGCACCCACACACACACCGACACCUGCAAACACUUCGGCUGUGCAGGCGUGGAUGGAUACUGCGGCAUGGCCUACCCACGCCACAUCCGGCUACACCGCAACAGUGGAGGAACAGCUUGUACUGCCGGUCCCCAUGCCCCCGAGGUCCUGGAGGAUAUCCUUGUGCAAGCAGAGGUUGUGGCCCGCCGAACCACACACUAUGCCACCAAGUAUGUCGCCAAGGCCACGUCGCAGAGCCAAGUCACACGGCUGAACCACGCGAUCAUGAUCAGCCGCCACUUCCUUGACACUGCAGCUGCUGGUGGUGGAGACCCCGCAGCCGCCCAGGAGGGAUGA